UUUUAUCUUCACGCGUCGAGAGUCCCUCCUCUCCCCCCCUCCCGCAGUUGACUCUUCCACUUCAUCUUCUUCAGUUUCUGCUUUUUUCCGUUAUCUUCUCAAUCAAUGAUGAUGUUAAAGCUAUUAUUUAAUGUUUUGUUGCUACUCCCCCCUUAAUCCUUCAUUUAUAUAAAAAUCUAUGUACACCUAAAUCAAAAACCUGAUUUUCAGCAGCUAUCGCCGUGGCCGUAAAAUCGACCGGAAAACUCAACUCUCCACCGGCAAAUAUCAUACCAGGAAAUCAACGCUUCCCCUAGAGCUAUGAUUUUUUUGACAAUGUUACAAUGGACGUAAGAUAUCGUAUGGAGAUUUGAACCUCCUCUGCAGCUGGAGAAAUCAUAAGCCUGUCGGUUCAAGUUUCUUACAGGAUGGGAACUUCUUAGACUCCGCUUCUGUGUUUCAGUAUCAUAAUACAGAGAUUGAUCAUAUAUAUCUUUGUAGAAAUAUGGGGAAGAUGAAGUACUACAAAUGUUCCGAAUCAUCAUCUGCUUCGAAAUCCAAACUUAACAGUCGCAAAGCAGAGAGGUGAGAUUUUGAUUUUUCUGUCCAUGGAGAGGGUGUACACGUUCACAUUCUCCACCAGAAAUUUUAAGAAGGCUGCCAGCUUAUUUGUGGAUUCUAUAUCGACCUUCACGAUGUAUGAGAUCCUUCUCUACGAGACCUUCAUUUUCUACACCGUGCUUAGCAGCAUCAUAACUCUGGAUAGAGUUUCUCUUAAGCAAAAGGUUGUUGACGCACCUGAGAUCUUAACCGUGCUUGGGAAGAUACCAUUCCUUUCCGAGUUCCUGAACUCACUAUACGAGUGCCAGUACAAGGCGUUUUUCUCAGCAUUUGCUGGAAUGGCGGAGCAGAUUAAGUUUGACCGUUAUUUGAACCCACAUUUCCGGUUCUACAUGAGAGAAGUGAGAACGGUGGUGUACUCUCAGUUUGUGGAGUCUUACAAGAGCGUAAUGGUGGAUGCGAUGGCAAAUGCCUUUGGUGUUUCCGUGGAUUUCAUCGAUCAGGAGCUGUCACGCUUCAUUGCAGCUGGGAAGCUUCACUGCAAGAUAGGCAAGGUUGCCGGUGUUUUGGAGACAAAUCGUCCUGAUGCAAAGAAUGCACUUUACAAGGCAACAAUCAAGCAAGGGGACUUCUUGCUAAACCGGAUCCAGAAGCUGUUUCGAGUAAUUGAUCUGUGAGCAUGUCUCACAUGUGUCUGUUUAGCACUUUCCUCAAAACUGCAACAACUUGCAACUCAAAUGGGUAGAAUCUUAAGGUGUGAGAAACGAUAUUUGAGAUCAACACCUGUCUGUUCUUUCUUAUGACUCAGUUUGUUUCAUCUACCUUUUUAUUUAUUUAUUUAUUCUACUUUCACA